AUGGAUUGGCGCCAUUGCUUGCUCCGGAAGUUUCAUGGAUUGGAGGAGCUUGCCGCCGCUUGCUCCGGAAGUUUCAUGGAUUGGAGGAGCUUGCCGUCGCUUGCUCCGGAAGUUUCAUGGGUUGGAGGAGCUUGCCGUCGCUUGCUCCGGAAGUUUCAUGGAUUGAAGCUUGCCAUUGCUUGCUCCUCAAGUUCGAAGGAUAGGAGCUUUACGUUGCUUGCUCCUGAGAUUUCGAAGGAUUGGAGCUUGCCUUUGUUUUCUACUGGGAUUCCAUGA